CUUUGUUGUGGCUGGCGGAACGCCGGUUACAAUAUCUCUGCGAUAGCUACGCCGCGUUGCAGGUUGCUAGUUAGUUGCAAUGUUGUAGCUAUAGCACGAUAGCCAUUCAUUUGCUGGGAGGGAGAUCCGCCGUUUAUUUUGACCAACGUACGGUGGUAUUAACGUUACUAACUAAUUUGCUUUCUAACCAGCAGCCAACUGCUAGCUAGCGGAAAUUACUUGCCUAAAUAGAAAGCAAGACUUGUUCUUGCCAUUAUUCAUAGCCUUAGUAGCCCACCACGCUAGCUAGCAAGGUACCACCUAGCGUCUUAGUGUCUUCUCCCUCACGGCUGGAGGACCAUGGCGAUGAGACAGAAUUCGCUCACCUGCUCUAGUCACACUCGGGCUGUGGUGGACUUGGCCUUUAGUGGAAUCACUCCUUAUGGCUACUUCCUCAUCAGUGCCUGCAAAGAUGGCAAACCCAUGAUGCGCCAGGGAGACACAGGGGACUGGAUAGGAACGUUUCUGGGUCACAAAGGUGCUGUCUGGGGAGCCACUCUGAACACGGACGCUACCAAGGCCGCCACCGCCGCAGCGGACUUCACAGCAAAAGUGUGGGAUGCGGUCAGUGGAGACGAGGUCCUCUCACUGGCACACAAACACAUUGUUAAGACAGUCACCUUUACCCAGGACAGCAACUGUCUGUUGACCGGUGGAAAUGACAAGUUGCUUCGUAUCUACGAUCUCAGCAACCCUGAAGCAGCACCUCAGGAGAUUGCAGGUCACUCCUCAGCCAUAAAAAAAGCCUUGUGGUGUAACAACGACAAGCAAAUCCUCUCUGCUGCUGAUGAUAAAACCAUACGGCUGUGGGACCGGAGCUCCAUAGAGGAAGUGAAAACGCUGACGUUUGACACGUCCGUGAGUAGCAUGGAGUAUGUAGCUGAUGGAGAGAUACUUGUGAUCACAUAUGGAAGGACUGUGGCUUUCUACAACGCUCUGAGCCUGGACCUCAUCAAGACAGUGGAGGCCCCAGCUCCCAUCAACUCAGCCUCCCUCCACCCAGAGAAAGACUUCUUUGUUGCUGGUGGAGAGGACUUCAAGCUCUACAAAUUUGACUACAGCACCAAGGAAGAGCUGGAGUCGUAUAAAGGACACUUUGGUCCAGUGCACUGUGUUCGCUUCAGUCCGGAUGGGGAGCUGUACGCCAGCGGCUCUGAGGACGGCACGCUCCGGCUGUGGCAGACGGCUGUGGGGAAAACCUAUGGGCUGUGGAAGUGCGUCCUCCCUGAGGACCUGGGGGCAGAGAACGCUGAGCAGCUGUACACUACGACCCCUGAGAUUUAAGCAUGAGGAAAAAGCAGUACUUCUUGGAAAUGGAAUGAUAAGAGGAAAGAACAACAAAAAGGAAACGAGCUGAGGGGUGUUCCAGUGUUCUAUCUGGCCCCAGCAAGGAGCAGUCUAGAUCAUCUCCAUCCAUCAGGAACUGGUGUGGAUGUUAUGACUGCCCUGUCUGUCAUAGACUAACUUACACACACAAGUAUACCCGCUCAGUGAUUUUAAGUCAUAUGGACAGUAAGAGCUACAGAGUAAAGCAGUAGAGUGUCACCUCACGGCUGCCUGCUUUCUCUCUCAAUAGCUCCGUACUGUCAGUCUGCUUUUUUGUUUUUACUUCCCUAAAGCCUUCAACCCAACCUCUCAAUCAGGUUUGGGUUUUAAAAUUAAGAUAUUUAAAGAGCUGGACCGAGGCUUUUUUCAGUUCAUAGUUAGUUACAAGAAUACCGUAGGUAGUUGCAGUUUGUGCUCAGGUGAAGCACUUUCAUUUCAUCAAGAAUAUUGCGUUGAGUAUAUGCUACUUUUGUAAUGUUUACUGGUUGUAUAUGAAGUAAUUGUUCAAAUUAAAGAUAUUAUUGUUUUGUGACAAAGCAGAAAGGUAAGAAAUGCUGCUGGGUUUAAUUUCUCCAUUUUGGUUUUUGUCCUCCAUUAAGUCCAGUGAUUAAAUAAACAAAGCCAUUACUGUUAGUUUGUAAAAGUAAUGCACUGAGACAAAGCUGGGUUGUUGUAUUUUUCAUUAUUUUUAGCAGCAGAUUUGGAUGAAUAGGAAUGCAUGAACGCUAAAUUUAAAGAGAUAAUGCCAUAAUAACUAAACAGUCGCGCAAUCUGCCAUUUGUGGUUUCAUACUGAAUAUGAAAAUAAAACCUAUUGUUAACCGCUCA